CUCGCUCGCUUCUGCCCGGCGCGCUAAGUCCCCUCGCCUUGGCUGGGGCCGCCUGGCACCAUGCACCUCUCCCACCUGCUGGCCUGGGCAUUGCUGCUGCUCACCGUCCUGGCCCUCCGGGCCGAGGCCAAGCCCCCGGCUCCGCAGAAGCUCCCGCGGACCCCUCCGGGCGAUGAGGCGCCCGACCCGGUGGCCCCCGUUGGCGGGGGCAAGAAGGGCGACAAGGCCCCGAAGGGGGAGCGGGCCCGGCUGCUGCGGGAGCUGCGGCUGGACCCCCGGGCCCGGGGGGCCUGGGCCCGCCUCCUGCACGACCACCCCAGCGCCAGGAAAUACAAGGGCACCAACAAGAAGGGGCUGUCCAAGGGAUGCUUCGGCCUCAAGCUCGACCGGAUAGGCUCCAUGAGCGGCCUGGGAUGUUAAGGCGGCGCCUCCUGCCGGCGGACUGGGAACCAGCAUCAUUUUUAUGAGGGCAUCGUUGGUCAUCAGCCUCACAACAUCUGGAAGAAUCUCCAACAGAUGUGGUUUUAUGUUUCUUGUUUGUUUUUUUUCCGGUACAGGGGAGACACGACACCAGCUGUUUUAUUAGUAUUAUUAUUGUUAUUGGGGGGGUGGGGUUGUUCUUAUUGUUUGGGCUUUUUUGAAAAUUAAAAAUAAAAAGCUAUAUAUUAUAUAUAUAUUAUAUAUACAAAACACCCACAUACACACACACACACACACACACAAUGACAAGGGACAGUUUUUCAGAGACAGACAAAAUCAGCUGUAAAACAUUGCUGUUUGUAAAUUCAUGUCAUGCAUAAAUGUAUUUAUGUUGAAAAGCUAUUUAUAUUGUUUAUA